CGCCCCCUACCUCCGGCCUCCGCGCCACCACCCACCCCACCCACUCUACGCUAGCGCACCGACCUCCGCCGCCCUCUUCUGUACCGGCCGCCUUGCGCUGCAGUCUUCAGACCGGACCAUAGGAGGAGGUCGUCGCCCCCGACCCAUCCUGCCUCUGCCCGGUUGAAGGUCUUCUUCAAGCUCGCCGUCCGGCCACCCUCUGCCCCCUUCAAGGUCGCCACAUAAUCCCCUCCGCUAUCCCGUUCAAGGUCGCGUCCAAGCUCGUCUCUAACUCCCUCCGCCCCCAGCUCGCUGCUGAGCUGUGCAAAGCACAACCGGAGAAUGGCUUGGGGUCAGCUUGCUAGAAGAUCCAAAACAGGGCUUCUGUCUCAUGCUCAGCAGCUAGCUGCUCAAGGGUUUACUUCUGCGACGUUCCAAACUAAUCUGUUGGGCGAUCAUCUUCCACAAGAUGGCAUGUUUCGUAGGAGGUUUAGCUCUGCGGUGCCUCCUUCGGAGCAAAUGAACCUUAUUAAGCAACUCCGAGAAAGAAUGUGUGCUCCGAUCAAAGAUGUCAAGGCUUCGCUAGUUAGUUGUGACUGGGAUAUUGAGGCUGCACAGGUGGAUCUAAGGAAAAGAGGAGUGAUUCUUGCUGCCAAAAAGUCGUCACGGACUGCUGCCGAAGGUUUGCUUGCUAUGGCAGGAGAUGAUAAAAGGGCCGUUGUGGUUGAGCUAAACUGUGAGACUGACUUUGUGGCAAGAAAUGACGUUUUCCAGUAUCUGGCUUCAUCCUUGGCAAAGAUGGCUCUGUCAGCUCAGGAUCCCGGGAAAUCAGUUUUUCCUUUUGCUCCUACAUAUUUGGAGAACAUGAGUAUUAACCUAGAUCAUCCUAAGCUCAGUGGUGAAACAACUGUUCGGAAUGCUGUUACGGAAGUUGCUGCCAUGGUUGGGGAGAACGUAAAACUCAGAAGAGGUUUCAUGUUGUCCACGACUGCACAUGGUGUUGUUUCAUCUUACCUGCAUACCUGUCCUCAGCCAGGUCUGGGUUGCGUUGCUGGACUGAUCACUUUAGAAGCAGAAGAUAGCAGUGCUCCCCUUGACGCUCUUGAGAGAGUUGGGUCGUCUAUCGCAAUGCAUAUUGUUGCUGCAAGGCCAUUAUUCUUAUCAAAAGAACUGGUUUCCGCUGCAGCUGUGGAAAAUGAACGUGACGUGCUCCGAACCCAGGCUGAAAGAUCAGGUAAACCCCAAAUGGCCAUAGAGAAAAUGGUGGAAGGCCGAUUGAGGAAGUAUUUCGAAGAAGCUGUGCUUUUGGAGCAAAAGUACGUCGUUAAUGACAGCACAAGCAUUAAGACGCUGCUGAGUGAUUUGUCAAAGGAGGUUGGCUGUAAAGUAACGAUUGGCAACUUUGCCAGAAUGGAAGUUGGGGAAGGAAUCGAGAGGCAGAUAUUAACCACAGCUGCUUCUACUUUUAUGCUUGGCAGACCUGAAGAAUGAAGAAUCACAUGGGUCAGAUCGGCCCGUGUUGCAAGCUGAGAUGAAUCAAAUGUGAUGAUAGAGAUAUAUGUGACGGUUCUUUUCUCCAGAGAAUUUAUAUAGGUUCUCAUCUUUGCUCUGAUGGGAUGUGCUCUCUACGUCCAUCAGUUUGAUAAAAGUGUGGAAACCGAGUUUACGACACGGCAACAAAUUGUGUCAAACUGAAUAAUGUGCAAUCCAUACCAAAAGUUCGCACGUACCGACACUUGGAAGGCCGCCAAAUGCAGUCGGAAUAUGUAUUGUUUACAAUCUUGUGUUUGGUUUGGAAAUGCGUACUUGUAGUAUGUUUUCAUUGAUCUUGGUGGGUUGGUAGUUGUAAAGAACUUUG